ACAUGUUUGUAAGAAUUCAACCUUUUCAUAUCGUAACUUUUAUUACUACCAGAUAAGCUUUGUCUCGUUGCAAAGAACGCAAAUAACAUUCAUUUAUUUACUUUAAUUGAGUGUUUGUAAAGAUUUUAAUAGAUAUACUCUUAGAUGACGUAUUUUUAACGUGUUUUUGUCUCACGAAAACAGAAGAAUCGAACGCACUGCCCGAGUUUCGUUUUUGCCACUUUUUUUGCGCAUUUGCGCGAUGUCCGCUCGCUCCUCAUCUCCCGCGGGACUUUCCUUGUGUGAGCAUUCCUGACCGAGCAGUCUGUCGGCUCACGAUCUACAAGGACGCCGGCUCACGAUUGACCACUCUUCUUGCGAUCAACACGCAACUACGACCUUGACACUUGCGUUCUUCACCGAUCAACGGGAAGGCCGUCUGACCGACACACAAGCCUAGCUGACCAGUGAUGUGGUUUGCUGCCGUACGGCCUUUGGCUGCUGCUCGGUCGGUGAUAACCUAUAGACUUGGCAACAUGGCCCAAGAACGGCUUAAGACCAUAGUCGGCCAUCUCAAGGGGGGUGCCAUGUCCCAGCUGAUCAACGUCUUUGAGGACAAGCACAUUCUGGACGAAGUGAACAAGAAGAUCGGAGCCAAUCAGUCGAGCGGCGGGUUCCGCUACACCCUGGACAGCACCCGUCUCUCGGAUGAACAGCGUCGGUUCUACGAGGAGAAUGGCUUCAUAGUCGUACCAGGCCUCGUGGGCUCCAAAGACCUGGAAACUUACAAGAACCGCUUCCAGAGCAUUGCGGACGGGAAGGUGAAGGUGCCCGGCCUGGUGGUGAUGAAGGACGUUGCCCUGCUGAGUGCCAAGUCGGACGAGAAGGUCGUCAACAAGGUGCAGGAGCUGUACAUGGACGACGUGCUCUUCGGCUACUGCACCCUGCCGCAGAUUCUGGACUACGCCACGUCGUUCUGCGGGCCCAACCUGAUGGCGAUGCACACCAUGCUCAUCAACAAGCCGCCCGACGUGGGGACGCUGACGUCGCGCCACCCGCUGCACCAGGACCUGUACUACUUCCCGUUCCGGCCGGCGGACCGCGUCGUCUGCGCCUGGACGGCCAUGGAGAGGGUGACCCGGGAGAACGGCUGCCUGGUGGCCAUUCCCGGUUCGCACCAAGGGCAGCUACUCGAGCACGACUACCCAGAGUGGGAGGGAGGGGUAAACAAGAUGUACCAUGGAGUGAAGGAGCUGCCGGAGUCUGUGAUGGAGAAGCGGGUGUACCUGGAGAUGGAGGCCGGCGACACUGUCUUCUUCCACCCCGUGCUGAUCCACGGAUCGGGUGCCAACCGCUCCAAAGGCUUCCGAAAGGCCAUCUCGUGCCACUAUGCGGCUUCGGAGUGCCAGUACGUGGACAUUGGCGGGACCGUCCAAGAACCCAUUGCGGCCGAAGUGCUGGAGGUCUUCCACAAACGCUUCCCCAGCGUUCCUAUGAACAAAUACGAAGACAUCUGGAAGCUACGUGCGCGCCACGUCCGUGGCAAACGAGUCAACCUCUGAAGAACUUUGAAAAGAAAGGAUCUGUUUGCGAAAACAACUAAGGAACCUUCGCAAUUUUGGUGGAUGAUAGUUGGCAAACCCGUGGCAAUGCUUGAAGUCGCAUUUCCAUUUGUAAAAUAAUUGAUUUGUCACAUGAUUGGGGACAUUCUUUAGGCACAUCGAAUAUAUGCCACAUGAAAUAUGGCUUCUCUAAGAAAUAAUUGCUGUCAACUUGGAAACCACAUACAUUGUACUGGCAGUUUUCUUAGAGUUGCAGGCAGCAUGUGCAUCUAGCAGUGGACUCGGCUUGUACUCAUUACAAAACAACUUCAGGUUUAGUUUUAUAUUUCAUUCUAAUUUUGUACAGGACCUUUUACACGUCACAUUUAUUGAUUAAAGCUUUUAACAUGAAAUCAUGUGCAAACAAUGACUGCAAUAUGAGAGCAACAAAGCUAAUUUCCUUUUUUUUAUUAUGUGCUGUCAACUCGCUUUCUUCUGGCGACCUGCUAAACUCGUCUUCCUUAAUGCACCUGAAAUGAGAGAAAUUUUUUUAUUACAUCUUAAAAUCGCCCUUUUGAGGACAUUCUAAGAGUGAACACAGAGGGGGAGCUAUAAUCUCCAUUGAAUCUGCUCAUUGCAUUCAUGGCAUAAAGCCCGAUAAUCAUUUUAUUGGACCCAUUUUUAAAUAAAAGAAUUAACAAUUU